UGUGAGGAGAGUAAUGUGUAGUCUAUAUAAAUAGACAGUGGAGUGACUUGAGCUCUCAAAAGCAGCAAGGGAGAGUCUGAGUGAUAUAGCGAGCGAAGCCAUGGAAUUGAUGAGUCUGCAACGAAAUCCAAGAACGAGAAGGUCGACGGUGAAGAUCAUCUCUCUCGAAGACUACGUCGAUUUCAUAGACAGCCAGAAGCAAUUCGAUCUCACCGUCAACCACCUCAAUCAGGUCAUCGAAAUGCACGGAUUCAAAAAGAUCCACAAGAAACCGAAGAAGGUUCUGAUCGAUGCGGUGGACGCAAUCGAGCUCAUGGAUCCGUCUCGCUCCACACUCGAAGACAGCAACAUCUCUUCCUGCGCAUUCAUCACUCUGGAGGAAGCCAUCAGCGACCUCGCCGAUCUCAACUGGCAAGAAUGCUGUGUCACUUCGAUCCAAACGCUAAACUCGGUGAACUACGAGUUGGUUCUCCACAACGCCGACACGUCGAAGCCGAAUGCGAAGUCGAAGCCUCGAAGGAAGAUUCGGAAACUGAAACACAUCGAGGACAAAGCUGCUACUACUACUGCUGCUGCCGAUGCCGCCACCGGCGGCGAUGCCGAUGCCGGAGGUUUACAGUCGGCUUUUUCGUCGGCGAUCGUCGAGUAUGAUGCGAUGAAGCUGAAACUAAAGAGGAGGAGGAAGAAGAAUGUGAAGAAUGUCGACGACGGUGGUUUUGGUUGUACCGUCGGUGGCUUUAGCUCGUCGUCUUCGGCGCUCGUCUCGGUCGGAAAGUGUUGAUUCCAAGGGAGGUAAGCAAUCACUGUACGAAUUGUGUAGAAAACUAGAAAUUUAACUGCUAUCUGUUAUUUUGGUGGUUUUUCUGUGUUUCUCUGCGUGAGAAAAACAAAUCUGAACUGGGAAACGGUUAGUGGUGGAUUCGAGGUUUCUGAUAGAAUGCAAGGGCAUAUAUGUCUCUUUAGUAUCAGUUGUGGUCUGUUUGGAUAAAUGGAUAUGGUAGUUCCAGUAAAUUCUAACACAGUCUUAACCAUAGCUAAAUGAGUAAAUGAUAUUGCUGGAUUUCAAUGUGUUUGGCCUUAAUU